GAUUGAUGACGUAGAGCGCAGGCGGUAGUCAUUCAGGAUGGCGAUCGACUUGAAGAAGAACAAGGAUUCCUUGCAAAAAGCCUACAACGAUGUUGUUAAUGAUAAAUCAGACACAGCAUGGGCUGUUUUUGGAUAUGAGGGCAAUUCUCCUGUGCUGAAGGUCUAUGAAACUGGGGAGGGAGGUGUUGAAGAAAUGACAGAGGAACUCAACAGUGGGAAGAUCAUGUACGGCUACUGUCGUGUGACUGACCCCAACACCGAUCUCCCCAAAUAUGUGCUCAUCAACUGGCAAGGAGAGGGUGCACCUGAUGCCCUCAAGUUAAAGUGCACCCAACAUUUACGGGAUAUGACAAAUUUCCUGAAGACCAUCCAUGUGACUGUGAACGCUCGUACUGAGGCUGAUGUCGAUGAAGAUGACGUCAUCAAGAAGGUGUCAAAGUCUUCCGGUGCAAACUACAGCUUCCACAAGGAGAAGGCAAAACCCAUUGAAGCCCCCACACCUGUGGGCUCAGUUUAUAAGAAGACGAUGGCAGCCAAAGACAUCAAGACUUCCUCUCGAGAUAAAUUCUGGGCCAAAACAGAGGUUGAGGUAGAGGAGAAGCAGCGACAGGAGGAAGAAAAGAACAAGAAGUUGGCAGAGCAACAAGAUUUGGACAAAGCAAGGAAGGAAAGAGAGCUGAAAGAGGCGAAGGAGAGAGACCAGCGGAUGCAGGAGAAGAUGAAAGGGGUACACGAGCAGAAGCGAGCUGAGAAGGAGGCUGCCCAGGUCGACCGUGAGAACGAGAAGAACAAAUGGGAGAAGGAGCAGCAAGAGUCGUACAAGGAUGACGAGCGGAAGAGGAAGCGAAGUGAGUCCCUGCGGAAGGAAAGAGCACAGGAGGCUGCUGCUCUGUCAUCGUCUUCUGGUAGUGCGAGAGACUUCUUCAAGCAGAAGAGUGUGGAGAGGCCAGACGAUGGCCCUCGAAGGGGACCACCACCUCCCAGGAAAAUCCGACAAGGUUUCUUGUCUGCAGGAGACCAGGGAGAUGAAGAGCCACAAGGAAAGCAGCCAAUCAAACUGCCCACUGGGGAGCCAUCUUCCCCACCCCAAAGCUCACCACCGAGCAAACCAGUUCGAAAAUCUGACCCAGAACCAGAACCCGUUUAUCAGCCUGACCCAGAACCAGAACCAGUUUAUCAGCCUGACCCAGAACCAGAACCAGUUUAUCAGCCUGACCCAGAACCAGAACCAGAACCAGAACAGGAACCAGAGCCAGAACCGGAACCAGAGCCUGCACCUCAGCUACCUCAAACUAGGAACUUGUUACAACAACAUCUGCCACCAAGACAAGAAUCAGACGAGGAACAGGAAGAACAAAAUUGGGAUGAGCCAUCAGGGGAAGAUUUCUCAGCUUCCUCGGGUCAGGUGAUUUCCCAGCAGGCUGUGGGCAGCGGGUCACAUGUCAUGGAAGAGGACGAUGUGGAGUACGACACCGCUGGGAACAUCCAGGCUGGUGGCGACCAGGGGCUCACUGCUAUUGCAUUGUACGACUACCAAGCAGCUGAUGAUUCUGAGAUAACAUUUGAUCCUGACGACAUCAUCACAAACAUUGAGCAGAUCGACGAUGGCUGGUGGACUGGAACAGCCCCGGAUGGCUCGAACGGCAUGUUUCCCGCUAAUUACGUAGAAAUUCAGAAGACAAAUUAAAACACAAGUUGUUUUACGACAAGUUAAAGGAAUCAUCUUGCAGUAUUUAAGUAGUGUAUUCCCAUCAUUGUCUCAGUAGUUGUGACAGUAAUUUCUCAACUACAAGUCAUCCGCUGAAGGUAACCUUGGGUUACAUGUAACGUCAUGCAGACUGGCACAUGUUUUGAGGUGUUUUCACAGGUUUGAAUUUGGAGAAAUUAUGAUACAAAUAUAUGCUUUAUUGAGAGAUUUGAUAAUGGUACAAUUUUGAGUCUGCAGUUUAUAUUUUGUCGCAAAGUAAUAACCGAGUUAUGAAAGUUGUUCAAUAUUUUUGCUUCCAUUUUUGACCAUCUGCAUUUAUAUGAUAUGCAGAUAUGUAUGUGUUUUUAAUGGAUUGGCUAUUCUUAAAUAUUUGUCUGAUAAUUUAUAUGAAAGUGCUAAAAUAGUUUUAUUUUAUGCCUAGCUUUAGCAGGUUAUGCAGGAGUAUUUUUGUUUGCAGGGUAAUAGUUUACCCCGGUACCUUGUUUGUCAACUAUCAAGGACAUAUUUUGGAAGGAUAAAAAAUUUCUGUUCUUAGUAGGGCUAGGACGAUAAACCAAACAUGUGAUCCGAUACGUAUCAUGAUACCUUGCUGACGAUCCGAUACGUAUCACAGUACUUGCAUGUGCUUUUAUCUGUGGUGCGUAAGCCAUCUUUGUCCUAGACAGGAUGGCUGAAUACCUGGCCACUAACGAUUUUAUGUUGGCAGUGUCAAUACGGCGCCAUGGAUGAAAAUAUUUAUGUUUUCACUUCUCAUUUUCACUAGUAAUUAGUGUUUGGUGUAUUCUUUUAUUAAUGAAUACAUUUAUGGUAAGAAUUGAUACUUUUCACUGAGUGUGCAAUUGUGAUCGAUACUUGUAUCUAGAAGUAAAAAAAUCGUGAUCCAUGGAUGAGUGUAUCGUCCCGCCACUAGUUUUUGCCAGAUAACUUGAUCUCCAAUUCUGCUGCUGCUAUAGAAUUAGUUUAACGUACCAAGACCACAAAAGCUGCCAUAAAUUCUGUCUUGUGUAUGUUGAAAACCUUGGUAAUAAUAUACAAUACGUGGGGGUAUCAACCGUUUUACCUUUGUGAUUGAUAUAUUUCAAGUACACUUUAUGUUGCAAGUACAAUUAGCUUAGCUGUUUUCAGUGAACACUAUUUGUGUUAUUUAUAUGCUCUGUCACUAUAGUAGCUUUUCAUUGUGUCUGCACAGUACAAAUCAGACAUAAAUCUUCUGUUCAUCACCUCUUAGGACAACCAAAGACAAACAUAACUGGAUGAUCAUGUUAGUCACUGGAUUGUCUGGUCCAGACUGGAUUAUUUACAGACCGCUGUCAUAUAGCUGGAAUAUUGCGGAAUGUGGCGUUAAACAACAAACAAACAAACCAAGUUACUUGGAAUAUCUUGAUUGCAUGGGCAUUAGACCUCAAUGGUACAUGGUUGACAGGUUGUCAUCUAUUAAAAUAAUCUAUUGAGGAAAAUAGUCAAAUAUACCAAGGAUUCAUGACUAUUAUCAAUACCAUAUGCUUUAAUAUCUAAUAGUGAGAUUUGCAAGGUCAGCAAAUUCGGUGCUAUAUUGCCAAACUGUCAAUCCUGUUAUGAAGGAAUAAUCGAAAUAAUGUUGUCUCAGGUAAAUUAGAAACAUUUUUGAAAGUCAAUACUAUCAGUGGGCUUAUUAUUUCCCAUAUGAAAAAGUGUGCUACCUAUGAAUCAGAAUAGCUCUGAUAUAUUUUUUUAUUAAUUAAACAAUCUUGUUAAGAAACAAGUAUAAUUUUAUCUUUGGAAGAUAUGUAAUGAAAAUGUUUCAUUGAUGUGUAUAUUUUGAUCACUUUGUAACCAUAGUGUAGUUGCACUCACACGUUGGUGGAUUAGGAGGGGUGGUGUGUUUGUGCAGACCCCAUUCUUCCAACUUCUAUCAGUCCCUGUAUCGUGUGUGUUUGCUCGUUCAUGACAUGGGUAGUGUGCAUCCCCUUUCGAAAGAAGUCCUGGAUAUGCCUCUGUAACAUGUCUUUGUUUCAAACACAGGCUGGGCUUGCCAAAUGUCGGACCUAGGUAUGUGAAACUUGAUAGGACUAAUCCUAGUGUUACAUCUGUUAGAGAAAUCAAAAUGUACAGUAGUGAAGAAAACCUACAAGUAAUGACACUCCUUUGAACAAUGUCAUUCUUGAUAAUUAAGCAUCACAUCAUAACUACUUAAUAGGGCUGGGACAAGUCCAAAUUUACUACACAGGUACUCGACACCCUAUUACCCGGCCCUACCUGGGUACCCACUGCAGGUUUCAAUAGUUGGGUACAAAAUAUCUGAAUGGGAAUUGUUUUACCGCAGUCCUGGUAAAAACUAUUUAGAUAUGUGUAUCAAACAAUCUGAUCAUGCAUUCACUGAAGUUGAUAUACGCUUUAUCCUUAUACUAACAUAAGAAAGUGUGAAUGCUUGCACAGUCAGAAAGAAUGUGAAUGUGAAGUGGUGUAACCAUAGAGUUUAUUGUUAAUGUCAUUUAACAGUAUAUCACGUGACUUACCACAGUUCCGGGUAGUUGCGUGAGUACCCGGGUCCUAAUCAGAACCAACCAACCGGAGUACCCAAGUACCCGAGUUACUUACAGAUGUAUUUAACUCGGAUCUAUAAUACAAAUAUGCAUGGGCAAGGGGAAUACACUUCUAUCAUCUUAUUAAUUGAAUAUAAUGAGUUAACUUUUGUUUGCUUUAGCAUGCACUAGGUAUAUUGAACAAAUGAUGCCAGUAUAUUAUUUGCUAUUUAUUUCAGUUAUAAAAUAUAACAAGUUUCACUUCCUUGUUUGCAUCUUGCCACAUGACUGAAUUGAAGUCUUCUGUGUAUGUUCUUGUUGUUGUUAGUUUCCAGCAUGAGAUGGUUUGAAAAUGAUUUAACUCAUUUCUGUCCAGAUGGUUUAAAACCAGCAGAUUACAGCACAUUUCCAUCAAAUGUCCACAACUGUCACAUUAUAUGAGCAUUGUUUACAUAUAUUUCUACUGCAAUACAUACCAAAUUUGUAUCAUAUAUUUUUAUUAAAAUUUGUACAGCAUAA